UUUACUUCCGUCAUAAAUUCCUGGUAUCAUAAAAGUUUCGGUCCAAACUUCCAAACAUUUUAACAUUAUAAGUGGCUAUUAUUAUGGCUAUUGGUUGAGUUUUUAACGUAUAUCAUGUUUGUUAGUUGAGCCAUUUGAAAUAUUUGUUCGUUGAAAUAUGGGAGUGAGGUGACGUUAAAUUGGUUAUUUGUUUUUGAUACACGCUCUCUUAUCAAUUACGGCAAGGACAAACUUCAAAAUUUAAACGACGCCAUGAUUUGGAAGAAUAAAUAUUUGUCAAGCUUAUUAGUUCAUAAGGUAUCAGAAAUAAGCUAUUAAAGUGCUUGUAUGGCAGAAAAACGUAAGGUUGGAGAUUGGAUUGAGAGUGGCUAUCUUGGUCAUGGGACAUUUGGCAUUGUCAAACUUUGGCAUAAUGAGAAAACGAAAGUGAAAAUUGCUCUGAAAACAUGCCAUAACGAUCCGCAAUUGAGCGAGAAAAGUCGCGAACGAUGGAGGCAAGAGGUGGAAUUUCUUAAGACAAUCAAACAUCCAAAUAUUAUCCAGACUCGGCCUUUACCGCCGGAGCUUGCAAAUGAACAGUGUGACGCGAAGUCUCUACCAGCUCUGUGCAUGGAAUAUUGCGAAGGAGGUGAUUUACGUAAGACGUUGAGUACUGCAGAAAAUUGUAAUGGUUUAAAAGAGUCGAUGGUUAUUAGAGUCUGUGAGGAUAUUGCAAAUGCAAUAGAAUGUCUUCAUAAGGAAAAGAUCGCUCACCGAGACAUUAAGCCAGAAAACAUUGUUAUAUGUCCAAACGGAAAUAGGAAUAUUUACAAACUGAUCGAUCUGGGCUAUGCGAAACAGGCUGAUCAGUCAGGAUCAUGUCAUUCCUUUGUUGGAACCCAUUUUUAUUUAGCACCAGAAAUCCUUACUGGUAAAACAUACACGUUAACGGUGGAUCUUUGGAGCUAUGGGAUAUUGCUGUACGAAUGUUGUACUGGGCUCCGGCCAUUUCCUGCGAAAUGCCAAGAAGUGAUUGAAAGUUUGGAAAAAAAAGACCAGGACAUUAUAGCUGCAACUCUUGAAGAGGAAAAUGGUAAAAUGAGUAUGUUGGUUUAUUGGGAUAAGCUUCCUGAAGUCAAUCGUUUAAACCGCGUUUUACAAAGAAAAUUUGAAGAGUUACUUCGCAUGUUGUUGGACGGCGACCCGACCAGGCGUGGUUCAUCUGAAACUGGAAAUGGAACAAGGUCGUGGAAGAAUUGUAUCGAAGAAAUUAAGAAUACUCAGGUUAUCGAGGUUUUCUGCAUCGAAUUGUAUAAACAGUUUGUUUAUGAACUUACUUCGGAUUUAAGUGUUCAUGAUCUGAAACUUCUUCUUGCAAAGGACACAAAGAUUCCAGUAGAGAAUCAGGAGCUUUUUAUUCAUGAUGGAAGUGAUCUCUCUGAAGUAACUCUGUUGUCUUCCAGCUCGAAUAUGACAGCAUUCGUGUUCAACAAAGCAUUUGACCCACGGCUAGAAAUGGGAUGCAAAAAUGAACUUCCUAGCAGCUUGUGUAAAAUGCUUGAAGAUCCAGAAGGAUUUACAAAACGAUCAAUGAGAUGGCACCUCGACGUCUACAAGCACAGCGUCUUUUUCAUCAAUAAACAAUUGGCAAGCAAUAAAUGCAUCACACGAGGUGUGAAAGCGUUGGUAAUUCGUCUGCUAAAGUGGUCCCGAAAAGAGUUCACUGUACGAAGUGAUGUCGUUAGUCGGGAAGUUACUUUACUCGAAUCUGCUGUUUCUUUCUUUACGAAAAGUCUGAAGACAGAUUUGAAAAAUUACUGCGGCGAACAUUCGAGAUCAACUAACGGAAUCUCUAAGGAUCUACCAAAUUUUGAAGACUGGAGACAAAUGGAAAAAGGAAUGGAUAUACAUAAUUUAUCGAGGGAGGCCAGUGAUGUUUUCAGAAAGAAAGCUGAACUUCAAAAUAGGAUAGCAACAAUAAAAAACAAUGAGCGGGUCAGUAAGACUCCAGAACGAUCAAUGAUAUAUUUGAAUCAACGGGCUAAAGAAAUUCAGAAAAAAUAUGAAAGUGUGAAAGCCAGAAUGAGCCCUAAAAGGCAAGAAGUUAAAAGCUCUUCCUUGAAAGAUGAAAUCAAAUUAGUGCCGGACACUAUAGAAAUGAUUCAAACAGAAGUAAAAAAAAUUAAUGGAGAAUUUUAUCGAUUUAUAAGAGAAUUGUUUAAGUUAAGACACGAAUUAGAAAUAUUUAUCCCAGCCUUGAAUUUUUUGGAAAAGAAAGUUUUUGAACUUCGAGGGAAUCUUCAAGAAUUUCCUUUUUUUCCCCAGUGGCAACUGACAAGACAGGAACAGAUUUGGCAAUUGUUUUCUCGGAGUAAGGAUGCGGGAAACGUUACUCAAGAUCAAGGAACUCAGCAAAGACCUUUUGUCAAACCAAAGAGAAGAUCACCAGGAAUUGAAAUUGUUAAACAGAGUCAAGAAAUUCUAUUAAGACUUAAAGAUAAUUUGAAUGAUGUUCGACAUAAGCAAGAAAUAUUUAAGAAUCAAAUCGAGGAACUUGACUGGUCAUUCUGUAAUGUCAGUGAUUCGGAAGAUACCGUCAAAAGUACUGAAGAUCCGCGCUUUCUAACAGACAAAAAAUAAAACAUCUUUUCACUUCAUUUUAACUGUAAUUAGUUGAUACAGCAUUUGCCCUUCAUCAAAGGAAAAAGGGUGAUGAAUAACGUGUUUUGUAUAUUUAAUAGCGCGUCCCUAAUUUCAAUGACAACAAUCAAAUGUCAUUUGUGCAUAAUGGAAGUUCAAUAAAACACUUCUGUAAUUUAUACCAUAUUUUGAAGUUCAAACUUCAAAUGUGCGAUUGAAAGAACAAUAGCAUGUAAUGAACAAUCGUUAGUGCCAGGCAAAGAACAAUAAAAAAAA